AGGGAUAGUGUCGGGCUGUGAGCCUUACAGAACGGAUACGGAGCAGUGGGAUGGCACACACACACACACUGGGCACAACCAGAGGCGGCUGUAUUGUCUGUCACAAGCAUCAGUAGGCAUUGGUGCUUAGCGCACAUACCGUGACUAUGGGCCAGUAUCCAGUCGGGGAGCCUCCAGCUCGUUCAAUCACAAGGGACGCAGAAGGGAUACUUGCACCUGAACAGCUUUUAUUGGCAGCUGUGUGGCGAACCCCUAGCUCGUAAACUACAUUACCCAGCAUCCUUCAUCAGCCAAAGGAUACGCUUCAGCAACAAGUGCAGCUGGACAUCUUCCUGUCUACCCCGCAAGACAGUUCAGGGAGACCUGCUUCUCCCCAUUCAUUUCUGGCUUUUAUUAAAGGGGCAGUAUACCCCCUUGUUCAUUAUGAUUGCAAUGAAUAGAACUUGUGCUGAUCAUACUUUUUGUCUGUUUUAAUCAGGAAACAUUUAUUGUUUUUGAUGUUUUCUGUGCUAAACAGUCAACUGAAGCUCAUGCAUGUUUUGUGAGGCAGAUCAUUAUCAGUGCACAAAGGAAAUCCUGCCAACCUGUAAGCCAAACUAGACAUAACAAAGGGUGAUGGGAUGAGGGUUGUUUAUACAGAGCUCAGUAUAUCUAGAUAAACUAACUCAUCUAAUUAAUGAUUUAGCAGCUGAUUUCGGCCUCGGCCUACCACCUAUGAAACCCUUUAAUAGCUAAUUGCAAAAUUUUGAUGCCUGCCUCUGAGUCAGUCCCCCAGACCCACUAUGCCAGCUGCAACAGUGGACCUCAGCCAGCGAAUUUGCGAAGUCUGGGCUUGCAACCUGGAUGAUCAAAUGAAGAGAAUCCGCCAAGUUAUACGCAAGUAUAAUUAUGUUGCAAUGGACACAGAGUUUCCAGGAGUUGUUGCAAGACCAAUAGGGGAAUUCCGAAGCAAUGCUGACUAUCAAUACCAACUUCUUCGUUGUAAUGUUGACCUGUUAAAGAUAAUACAAUUGGGUCUGACGUUUGUGAAUGAACAAGGAGAAUACCCACCAGGAACCUCAACGUGGCAAUUUAAUUUUAAAUUUAAUUUAACGGAAGACAUGUACGCCCAAGAUUCUAUAGAGCUGCUCACAUCCUCCGGGAUCCAGUUUAAAAAGCAUGAGGAAGAAGGCAUUGAAACCCAAUAUUUUGCAGAGUUAUUUAUGACGUCUGGGGUAGUCCUUUGUGAAGGAGUAAAAUGGCUUUCCUUUCACAGUGGCUAUGACUUUGGCUACCUAAUAAAAAUUCUGACAAAUUCAAACCUGCCUGAGGUAGAACUAGACUUUUUUGAAAUCCUGCGCCUGUUUUUCCCAGUGAUAUACGAUGUCAAAUACCUGAUGAAAAGCUGCAAAAAUCUCAAGGGUGGAUUGCAGGAAGUGGCAGAGCAGCUGGAACUCAAGCGUAUUGGUCCUCAGCAUCAAGCAGGCUCUGACUCAUUACUUACUGGAAUGGCAUUCUUUAAAAUGAGAGAGAUGUUCUUUGAAGAUCACAUAGAUGAUGCAAAAUACUGUGGCCAUUUAUAUGGUCUGGGAUCCGGAUCGUCUUAUGUACAGAAUGGUACAGGAAAUGCAUAUGAAGAGGAAGCCAAUAAACAAUCAUGACACCAAGAGAAACUGCACUUUUUAUUGCCAAACUACAGAAAUUUGUACAUGUUUUAUCUCUGGUGAUAUUCCUUGGACACUGAAUUUCCCCCAUCUCCCUGCACACAGUUGUUCUGCCUUCAUUCUUGUAUCAAUGUGGAACCACUUGGCCUUGGGGAGAUCUGUGUCUCUAACUCCUAUUUGCCUUACCUAGAUAUCAGCUGGCAGCAUGGCACCGAUAACAGCAUCCUGUCACAUCACACAGUAAUGCGUCAUCAUUUGGUGCAAGAUGGUUUGCCUUAUUUUCUUACCUUUCACAACAAUCAUCCUCAUGCUUCCAAAGCAGAAACUAUCAGCAAUAUGCAACUAUUGCCAUCCAAUGAUUAGUACUUUAGCCUUGGGUUAUUUGUCUCUUUAAAUUCAGAAAAGACUCUAUCCAUAUAUAUAUAUGCAUCAGUUUGAGCAUCUGUACAUUGGUGUACCUAUGCACUGAUAACCACUGAGUAACCUGUACGUGGCAUUCACUUGCCGGUGCACAUAGAUUUGUGCCUCUCCAGCCAAAAGCACAUGAAAUACUAACCCACUGGAUAACUGCCGAUUUGUUCUUUGUUACAAGCUUCCAUAUCCCUGACCCAGUUCUGCUGUUUGUAAACCUAAACAUCAUAUGUUUAUGCUUCAGCUUGACGUGAUUAACACAUUUAUCUUGUUUGUGUUUGCCCAGGUCAUCUUUUUUUUUUUUUUUUUUAAUCCUAUUUAUUGGGUGCUUCAUUUUGCAAAAGUCAAAAUUUCAUUGCUGGAAAAAAAGCCUCAUGCAAAAAUAAACAGAGACACAAAAAAGAUACAAGAGGAACCAACAACAACAGAAAGUCAGGAAUUAAUUUGGAUUGGAUUAGGCGAAGGAAUAUACAAUAUUUUGUAUUUGCAAAAAUGACGUGUAAUUAUUUGUUGUAACAACAAAAACCUAUUUGAAGUCAUAGCUGAACAAUGUUGCAGCUGUAGUGUAAUACUAGAUAACUUUUUUGGCAAUAUUUUUGCAAUAUAUUUUUAUAUAUAUAUAUUGUCUGUGUAGACUGUGGAGUACUUUCCUAUCUGUCACUGGAUGGUAACUAGAGAAAUUGUAGAAUAGUUUUUUUUGGCAAUGGCUCACCAGUGUUUCCCAGACAGCAAAUGUGUGGAUUGUAUCAUCACACUGACAUGUAAGAAACCAGCAAGUCUCUCGUUCAGAUACACCUGCCUUUCUACCUUUGUAAUGGCUUUAUUUUCUUUCCAAAUGAGUUACAAUUGUGUAACAAGAGUGGUCCUUUUUAAUGCAUAAGAAAAACAAUUUGCAAACAAAGGAUAUUAUUUGUUUUUAGAGCUUUUGUAAAUAAAGGCUUAAAAAAUUA